AUGUCAACGCGCAGGGCGGCAGGCCAUCAAGAGAUUGUCAACCUACUUUUGAACAAGGGAGCAGAUGUCAACGCGCAGGGCGGUAGGUAUGGCAACGCUCUCCAGGCUGCCUCACUAGGAGGCUAUCAAGAGAUUGUCAACCUGCUUUUGAACAAGGGAGCAGAUAUCAACGCGCAGGGCGGCAGGUAUGGCAACGCUCUCCAGGCUGCCUCACAGCAAGGCCAUCAAGAGAUUGUCAACCUACUUUUGAACAAGGGAGCAGAUAUCAACGCGCAGGGCGGUAGGUAUAGCAACGCUCUCCAGGCUGCCUCACUAGGAGGCUAUCAAGAGAUUGUCAACCUGCUUUUGAACAAGGGAGCAGAUGUCAACGCGCAGGGCGGUAGGUAUGGCAACGCUCUCCAGGCUGCCUUACAGGGAGGCCAUCAAGAGAUUGUCAACCUGCUUUUGAACAAGGGAGCAGAUGUCAACGCGCAGGGCGGCACCUAUGGCAACGCUCUCCAGGCUGCCUCACUAGGAGGCUAUCAAGAGAUUGUCAACCUGCUUUUGAACAAGGGAGCAGAUGUCAACGCGCAGGGCGGCACCUAUGGCAACGCUCUCCAGGCUGCCUCACUAGGAGGCUAUCAAGAGAUUGUCAACCUGCUUUUGAACAAGGAAGCAGAUGUCAACGCGCAGGGCGGUACCUAUGGCAACGCUCUCCAGGCUGCCUCACUAGGAGGCUAUCAAGAGAUUGUCAACCUGCUUUUGAACAAGGGAGCAGAUGUCAACGCGCAGGGCGGCAGGUAUGGCAACGCUCUCCAGGCUGCCUCAGAUGGUGGCUAUCAAGAGAUUGUCAACCUACUUUUGAACAAGGGAGCAGAUGUCAACGCGCAGGGCGGUAGGUAUAGCAACGCUCUCCAGGCUGCCUCACAGCGAGGCCAUCACGGCAUUGUCAAUAUGCUUCAAAGAAGAGGCGCUAUCACAUUGCCUUCACCGUAG